AAUAUGAUUGGCUUACAAGGGGCACGUGGUCGAGUUGUUGCGCGACAGACUGCCAUCUCCUCCUUAAAACAAUCUCUGAUUUUACUGACGCUCAUGUUAGGGGACGGUAUGAGUGGUACAGAAAUAGAUUCUAUUAACUAGUCGCCGCUUCAUAAUGGCCAGUCAGGGUGAUGGGGAGGUGUGGUAUGCCCAUCCAGUUUAUGCCCGCUAUUGGCAGCACUACCAGCAGGCCAUAAACUGGCACCAGAGGCACAAGCGGGCAUACAGGAAGGCUUUGGAGGUUGGCUACUUCCAGGCACUGUAUUCCAUGUACCCCCCUGCCAUGCAGCGCUACUCAGACUGGCAUGCAGAUGAGAGAUGGAGGAACAAUCACAGAGAUGGAGCGACAGGUAGAGAAGAAAAAAGGGAGAAUGAGGCCACCGAUUCAGACAGUGAGAUGGAGGAGGAGAGUUCAGAUGAGAGCCAGAUUGAGUGUGACGUCAGCAACAUGGACAUCUCGGAAGAGCUGCGACAAUACUUUGCCCAGACAGAGCGACACAGGCAGGAGCUCAAGAAACAACAGCAGAUGGAGGCAGAGCAGCAUGACUCUUAUGUACUGGCUGACCAAGACUUACACAGAGUUUCCUGGCGCAGCAGCCUGCCUCCUUCAGAGCGUCCAGGAGAGAGGAGGACCUCAGAAAUGAAGAAGCUUUAUGGUAAAGAUGCAGCAAAGAUUCAGGGGAUGGAAACAGCCAUGCAGCUCACCUUUGAUCGCAACUGUGACAAAAAGCAGCCCAAGUACUGGCCUGUUAUACCACUAAACCUGUAGGAUGAUCAGACUCCAUCAAUAGUAUGCCUGACAUGACAUCACAGGAUGAUGAACCUGUUUCUGAACUGAUCAGAGACUGUUUGGAUUAUGUUGUACUGACUGUACUGCAGUGUUGUAUCAAAGCAGCAUCCUUGUGGACCUUUCUCAUUUAUAACACAAACACUUGUUAGGUCCUUACAGAUAGAUAUAGCACUUAGAGAGUACAUUUAAUAAAUAUCCAAUUCAGUUCAAAUAUUCAGACAUGAUCAGUAAAAGUCAUUUACACUCACUUUCUUUUGAGGUAUCUGUACAUUUGUCUGUAUGUAGUGGUAUCCACAGAUGACACGGUUCUGUUUUCUUUAAGUUUCUCAUAUACGUAAACGAUGGAGACACUGCUUGGAUUUCAGUGCCGUUCUUCUCAUGUAGUCAUUUCUCCCUAACUAGGUCAUUGCCUCCCCCACAGUCUUUGGUUAAUGUGUUUUGUCUGUCUCUUCUUUUUGCAUCUCAGAUGAGCACUUGAGAGAGUGCUUGCUGGCUUAUUCUCUGGUGCAGUUUUUACAUGCAGAAUUCUCUUUUUUAAUGCAAAGAUGUCAUUGUUAAUUGAGAUUUGAUUGAUUAAUAAAUGUAUUGCAUUUAAA